ACGAAAGUCAUUAAGAUUUCUAUUCUAGACAAUUCAUUAUUGCCUCUUAUGGCGAUACUUACGGCGAUAAGAAUUCCCAGCAGUUGAUCACGAUGAGCACACACCUGAUAAAAUGCGGUUUUUUACGCACCGCUGUCAGACAGUCCCUGAGAAUGUCGAUGACAGCGAAUUACGCCACAGCACCAGGAUGUAGCGAGUUUGGAACCCUUAAUGUUUCAGUACCAAAGCCUUUUGUUUAUCACGUCGAGUUAAACAGACCAAAGAGUCUUAAUGCUGUCAACAGGCAAAUGUGGACGGAAAUCAAACACUGUUUCAAUGAGCUUGGUGAAAACCCAGAUUGCCGAGUAGUUCUUCUUUCUGGUGCUGGAAGGUACUUCAACGCAGGGAUCGACAUUAGCCUGCUGAUGAGCUUUGGUCAGAAGCUCGCAGAGUUUGACGAUGUUGCUCGAAAGUGCAAGGUUCUCAAAAAAGAAAUUGGCAUAUGCCAAGAAUCACUUACGGCAAUUGAGCUGUGUCCAAAACCAGUAAUUGCAGCGGUGCACGGAGCAUGCAUCGGAGCAGGUAUGGGAAUGAUUACUGCAGCUGAUAUUCGCUACUGCACUCAGGACGCUUGGUUUCAAGUAAAAGAAGUGAUAAUGGGACUAACUGCCGAUAUUGGAACUCUGCAAAGAAUGCCGAAGAUCAUGGGAUCUGGAAGUUUGGUCAGGGAGCUCGCUUACACUGGGAGAAAAUUCGAUGCGACUGAGGCAUUGCAAAGCGGAUUAGUCAGCAAAGUUUACGAAGAUGUGGAAAGUUUGCUUGCUGGAUCAAUUUCACUUGCUGAGGAAAUUUCUACAAAGAGUCCUGUGGCUGUUCAGGGCAGCAAGCUGAACCUGAAUUACUCCAGGGAUCACACUGUCCAGGAAGGGUUGGAUCAUGUUCUCAUGUACAAUCAAGUAAUGUUGCAAAGCGAGGAUCUUGCUAACUCUGUCAUGGCACAGGUGAGCAAGAGUGGGGAAGCGCCUGUGUUCUCCAAACUGUGAAGGAUCGAUACCACAAUUUAUCAGUGGAAUCAGGUUCUGACUAUCUGUCUUGCUGUAACUAUAGCAAAUGUAAACAAAGAUCAAUUGAGGAACUUGAAUGUU